GUUCAAUAAAUCAAAACAGACAAAAAUUUUGAGUGAAAAUAUUUUCAGAAGAAACGCUGACACUGGGAGAGAAGUGCGGAUAGUUGACUUGUAGAAAAACGAAAUAAUUUUGAAAAAUAAUUGCAAGGAAUUUAGUGUGAAAAUAUACAAAAUUAAAACGCAAAACAUAUUAACGGCGAGUUGAAAUGCCACCCAAAAAGGCGAAAGGUAAAGGCAAAGGCAAGAAGGGCAAGAAAGAUGAGAAGAAAGACCCCAACAAGCUUUCAAAUGUUGACCGCGCCUUCUGUGAGCUCACCAUAGCCGAUCUCAAUCAGAAGCUGGCACGCCUACGCUCACAUCUCGCCUCGCUCGACGACAACAAUAUCAAUCUGAAGGAGAAGUUACGAGAAAUCGAAGAGGAUCACACCGAUGUUGCAGCACAUUUGGAACGCACGCUUGGCGAACGCAACGAGACUAUAUACGAGUUGGAAGAGCGGCUCACCGAAAUUAUUAAGAUACGCGAGGCGGAGAACGUGCAAUCGGCGGAGCGUAUUAAAGAGCUCGAAUCGAAGUAUAAAUCCAUGCACGAUCAGCUGACUUCGGAAAUUAAGUUGCUCAACGGUAAACUAAACUCACUGGAUGAGUUUCGCGUGCAACGUGAUCUGUUGCUGUCCAAAUUUGACGAUCAGGAGACGGAGCUGAAAGAGAAAGAGCGCGCUCAUACCGAAAUGAUUUACGCCAUGGAACAGAAGGCCGUCGUGGAGAAGGAUGCGCUGAAGAAGGAGGUAGAGACGAAGCUACUACAGGUCUCAGAGGACUUUACACGCUCCAGUGAAAUACGUAAUGCCGGCUAUACGCGUCGUUUGAUACGUGAGAAUAUUGCCUUGCAGAAAGAGAUCGAUAUUUUGGUGUUGUCACAGAUCAAAAUGCAGCAACAAUUCAACGAGCAAGUUGCGCGUCACAAAGAGAUGACAGAGCAGUAUGCGUCCAUGGACCAGCUGAAAAAGCAGCUGAUACGCAACUCGCAGAAUAAAAUAAAGAUCAUCGAAAAGCUCACCGAUAACUAUGAGAGGCUGAAGGAGAAGUACGUCGAAGUCGCCAAGUAUCGGAAGUUGUAUGAGAACGCAGUAGAACGUGAUAUCUGCGAUAGUUUCAAUUUCAAAGACAUGUCAAAGAAGAUGCGCCAUCUCGAGCAACGCAUCGAGGAGUUGAAAAUGGAUAAAUCCCGCUUAAUAGCCGUACAUCAGGAGCACGAGACGGAGAUACAGCGCCUACGCGACAUCGUCGCACAAAUCAAAGCCACCGUGCGUUCAGCUGUCGAUAUCGAUAAGCCAGCGCACAAAGACGUAGACAAAGAUGGCGUAAAGGAGACACCCUCUCAGGAAGCGCUACGUCAGCUACGCCGACACGAUCUGCUCGCCGAGUUGAUGGAUAUCGUCAGCACUCAUACCGACAAGCUACCGCCAACACCAUCGGUAAUCACGAUCUCACGCUCCAUCCCAUCUGUGUAUAGUCUCGGCAAAAUGGGUUUCAUGCCACGCAGUGCUUCCACGCUAAUGGAGAUCUUCAAGCGUGCCGCCCAUAAGGCCAUCUCCGCCGACGCUGUCGCGACAGAGUAUCAAGUACAGCAAGUGGAGAGUAAAAUUAUACCAAAAGCACGUGAGUUGGGUGGCGAGAAUUUAUUCGAUGUUGAAAUGGGUUCUACUCUGUACGUGUCCUCCUCACACGAAGCUAUCGAAACUAUGGUGCCCGUUGAAGAUGAACAGGUGGAGGAUGAAGAUGAGGGCGAAUCGAGUAGCGCUGAUUAUGGUUCGUCGCAAGCGCGCACUACAGCCAAACAGUCGGUGAUAUCGGCGCUGCCACCUCAGGUGGCUGCAGCUGCAAAGGCGUCGGCGGAUAUUAGCGAGCGUAUGUCGGUGCGCAGUGCGCGCAGCGUGCGCCGUUCGGAAAUUGGCGAAUCGGCAACGCCUCGGGUUAGUGAGCGCGCUUCACGUGCCAUUUACGAUGUGGAGUAUGACGAGGGCGAUGAGGAGUUUUCAAUCAACUUAUUUUAUUAAAACUUUUUUAAAAAAAUUUAUAUAU